CCCCAGUAAGACCAGUAAAGCCCUGGGGCCUCGCACGCGCGUGUGCACAGCCUCCGGAGCCCUUUGCACGCGCGUGUGCGAGGGCCAUGCGUGCGCCGUCCCUGCUGGCCCUGGGGCUGCUCUGGGGGCUGACGAGGGCUCAGCCCCUGCCGCGCUUCCUUUGCACGCCCCUCCCGCCGGGGCACGAGGCUUGCACGCACGAGGCCACCUCCUCGCACGAGGAUUCGCACGAGGACCCCUCGCACGCCCGAAGCACCAUCCUGCGGCUGCGCGAGGCCCUCGUGCAACAGCGGGAAACGGCCCUGGAGUUGGCGGCCAAGCUCAGGCGCUGCCGGGCCUCACACGAGGGUUCGCACGAGGGUUCGCACGAGGGUUCAGAUUCGCACGAGGAGGAUUCGCACGAGGAGGAUUCGCACGAGGAUUCGCACGAGGAGGCGCUGGAGCGGGCGCUGCAGCAGCUGCAGGGUCACCAUGGCAACCAGGAGAAGCACGGCAACCAUCACGGUCACCAUGGCAACCAUCAUGGUCACCAUGGCAACCAUCCGGGUCCCCACGGCGAUCACGGCAAAGGCGGCGCCCAUAGCAACCAUCCCAGCAUCCUCCACGGUCACCAUGGCAACCACAGCAAAGGUGGCGACCAUGGCAACCAACCCGGUCACCAUGGCAACCAGGAGAAACAUGGCAACCAUCAUCAGGAGCUCCAUAGCAACCACCACGGUCUCCAUGGCAACCAGGAGAAGACUAAUAACCAUCACCACGGUCUCCAUAGCAACCAGCCCAGUCACCAUAGCAACCAGGAGAAGCCUAAUAACCAUCACCACGGUCUCCAUAGCAACCAUCACGGUCUCCAUAGCAACCAGCCCGGUCCCCAUGGUGACCACGGCAAGGAGCACAUCAAAGCUCCCGGCAUCCUCCUUAGCAACCAGCACGGUUACCAUGGCAACCAGAGCAAACCCGGCGACCAUAGCGACCAUAGCAACCACGGCGGCCUCCUCCCUAGCAACCGCUACGGUUACCAUGGCAACCACCCUGGGAAGGACCACAGCAAGGUGAGCAACCUCCCCGUCGAGGAGCGCCAUGGCAACCGUUUCCAUGGCAACCACUACAACCAUCACCACCACCAUCAUGGUGAGCAUCUCCAUGGCAACCAAGGGGCUUCGCAGCCCUGGGGGCAUCACCAUGGCAACCGCCAAGAGGAGGAAGACGAGGAGGAGGACCACGAUGACCCCGAGGAGCACAAGGGGCUGGCCCCCCCCCCGGGCUGGUUUCCGCGUCUCCUUCCCUCUUCGCACCAACUACAUGUUCGCGCGGGCGCGGGGCUCGGUGCGACGGGCGCUGCGGGCGCUCUCGGCCUGUCUGUGGCUGCGCCCCGGGGGGGCCCCGGCCCUCGGCACCCCCUUCUCCUACGCCGCCCCCGGACAGCCCAACGAGCUGGUGCUGCUGGCCUGGGGGGGCAGACCCAUGGAGCUGCUGGUGGAUGACCAGGCGGUGCCCCUGGCCCUGUCCCCGUCCCCAGGCCGGUGGCACCAUGUCUGUGUCACUUGGGCGGCCGCGGGGGGGACGUGGCGCAGCUUCCAGGAUGGGGUCCCCCGGGGCAGGGGGGGGGGCCUGGCGGUGGGG